UUAUUCUAACAUAAUUUGAAUUUCCUUAAAAUUUAGCAUAUAUAUAGUAUCAUUUUUCAUUUUAAUUAUUUAAGUGUGUCAUGAAUUUAGGGUGAAAGAAAAAGAAUCUUACAAGUAAUGCGUAGGAAGGAAGGCAGGCAGAGAGCUGUAAUCAAAGUUAAAAGUUUAGAUAUGCAUAUCCCUUGCAUGCAAUGGGCAAAGGCCGGCGCUCUUUGAUGCUAGCAAGAGAAAACGACAUCAAUUCAUGGUUGGCAGUUGGCUGGUAGUAUCUGUGUACGUGUGGUGUUUCCUAUUUUAAAGGCCACUUUAUCAAAUCUACUCUUCCACCCCGGACCAUCUUUCUCUUAUUUCCCACAUCAGCUUUUCAAUUGAAAGAUCCAAGUCUUUUAGGAAAUUGAUUUAGAAGUACUAAAUGAUUUGGACUUUUCUGCUACUACCCUCCCGAAAUCUAAUUUUCAAUUUGAGACUUUGUUUGUUUUAUUAUUAUAUUAUACCAAUAAAUAAAUAAAUAAUGCUGCAGCAUGCCUGGAGGAGUGGCUACUUGGUAAAUGUCUUACAAACCUCCAUUGACAACAAAGAUUACAUUGCGGGCAAACUCCUCCACGCCCAUAUACUCCGACUUGGCCUUUCCUCUCAUACACUCCUCCUAAACCGUCUAAUGGAAUUGUAUUCCAAGUGUGGCCAUAUUCAGCCCGCACGACACCUGUUCGAUCAAAUGCUUCAACCAAAUAUAUAUUCUUGGCAUUCCCUCUUGACUGCUUAUUGUAAGCAACCUCAACUUGACAAUGCCCAUAAACUCUUUUUGAAUAUGCCUGAAAGAAAUACUGUAUCCUGGAACACCCUCAUCAGCGCAUUUGCUCGAAAAACUCCAACAAGGGCCUUGGAGCUUUAUUCUCAAAUGAACGCCCAUGGUUUCUCACCCACCCAUAUCACAUUCGCUAGCGUUUUAAGCGCCUGUGCCGGGUUGGGAGAAAUGGACUGUGGCAGGGUGUCUCAUGCUUCUGCUGUCAAGUGUGGGCUUAACAAGAAUGUGUACGUUGGGAAUGCUUUGUUGAGCUUGUAUGUAAAAUGUGGGUGCCCUCGGGAUGCGUUGAUAGCGUUUAGGGAGUUGGAUGAGCCUAAUGAGGUUUCCUUCACCGCAAUGAUGUGUGGACUGGUUGAAACUGAUCAAGUGGAAGAGGCGUUUGAAAUGUUUAGGUUAAUACAGAGGAGUGGAAUUAGGAUUGAUUCUAUUUCAUUGUCUAGUGUACUCAGAGUUUGUGCUAAAGGUGGGGGUUCAAGUUUUGGUUGGAAUGGCGAGACAGAUAGAGAUCUACCUAACACGCAGGGGAAGCAAGUUCAUGGUUUCACCAUUAAACUUGGAUUUGAAGGAGACCUUCAUGUGUGUAACUCCUUGCUUGACAUGUAUGCAAAAAACGGUGACAUGGAAAGUGCUGAACUGUUGUUUGGAAACCUUUCGGAAACUAGUACUGUUUCUUGGAAUGUUAUGAUAAGUGGGUUUGGACAGAAUCGUGAUAAACAAAGAGCGAUGGAGUACAUGGAAAGGAUGCGGGCUUUGGGUGUUGAACCCGAUGAGGUUACUUACAUAAAUAUGCUCGCAGCUUGUGUUAAAUCAGGGGAUGUUGAAAAUGGCCGCUUGAUAUUUGAUAGCAUGGCUUGCCCUAGCUUGAUUUCAUGGAAUGCUAUUCUUUCAGGCUAUUCACAGAAUGAGGAACAUCUGGAGGCAUUAAAGCUUUUCAGAGAAAUGCAAUUUCAAAAUCAGCAACCUGAUCGGACCACUUUGGCUAUCAUACUUAGUUCAUGUUCUGAGAUUGGGUUUGUAGAAUGUGGGGUGCAGGUCCAUGCUACUUCAUUUAAGUGUGUCUGUCCUGGAGACAUAUAUAUUGCUAGUGGUCUUAUUGGUAUGUACCUAAAAUGUGGUAGAAUAGAAGCGGCUGUACAUAUUUUUGAUGGGCUCACUCAAGCAGAUAUAGUCUGUUGGAAUGCUCUAAUUACUGGUUUAUCCUAUAAUUCGUUGGAUAAAGAAGCUUUUACUUACUUUCAGAGAAUGCUACAGAUAGGGAUGUUACCUAAUGAGUUUUCAUUUGCUACAACACUGAGUUGCUGUACUAAGCUAUCUUCGUUAUCGCAAGGGAGACAAGUUCAUGAUCUGAUAAUUAAAGAUGGGUAUGCUAAUGAUGUUGUAGUUGGAAGUACUCUGAUUGACAUGUAUUCCAAAUGUGGUGAUGUAGAUGGGGCCAGGGUACAGUUUGAUAUGAUGCCCUAUAAGAAUACCAUAACAUGGAACGAAAUGAUAAAUGGCUAUGCACAAAAUGGUCGUGGAGAUGAAGCUAUUUUCUUGUAUGAAGAUAUGAUUUAUUCAGAAGGAAAACCUGAUGCUGUAACCUUUAUUGCCGCUUUAACUGCCUGUAGUCACUCUGGGCUGGUAGACCUGGGGCUUAAGAUAUUCAACUCCAUGCAGCAACAAUAUGGGUUGAAUCCACUUGCUGAUCAUUACACUUGCAUAAUUGACUGUCUGGGUCGCGCUGCCCGGUUUAGUGAAAUAGAAGAACUCGUAGAUAAGAUGCCAUGCAAAAAUGACUCUCUUGUCUGGGAGGUUUUGCUUAGUUCUUGUAGGAUCCAUGGAAAUGUAAUCUUAGCAAGGCGGGCAGCAGAAGAGUUAAUCCGUCUUAAUCCGAAGAACUCUGCCCCUUAUGUGCUUCUAGCAAAUAUGUAUACAUCGUUAGGAAGAUGGGAUGAUACAAAGGAAAUUAGAGCAGCUAUGUUGGAAAGGCAGGGCUGGAUUGAGCUAGCAUUUUGGAGGUGCUUUGAAUAGGCUAGGCUAAGCUGGGCUGUUGAAAUCUGCCACCUGCUAAGACUGGAUUGGGUUUGGCAGCCCAUUUUGAGCUCUACUUGCCUGAAGCCAGGAACUAAACUAAUGCAAGAGAUUAGGGAUUAAAAAAGGGAAAACAAGAAAGUCUUCUUAUGCAGUGAGUACCUUUGUGCGCUUCAUAUUGUGGGCUGGUCAAUUUGUAAUUUCUCUAAUUGUUGUUGUUGUUGGUUUAGCUAGUAGUCUCACUUGAUAGUUCUUGAAUUAUGUUCGAGUGCGUUAGAGGCUCACAUUCAGACAUUGGUUGGGAAAUGGAUUGACUUGGGCAAUAUCCCCCUUAAGAGCUAAUUUUUGGGGUUGAGUUAGACCUAGGUGUCAUAUCUUUAUAUGGUAUCGGAGCCGGCGUUGAGGGGGGUGUUAGAGUGAGUUAGUGUUUUACAUUGGUUGGGAAAUAUUGAAUGGCGGUUUGCCUAUAUAAACUUAGGCAAUUUUUCCAUCAUGAGCUAGCUUUUGGGAUUGAGUUGAUCCAUGUGUCUUGUCUUUACAAAUUACAAAUAUUGUCUAGCUAGAACAAUAGAAUUAAAUUUAUAUGCACUGAUAGAGAUGGAUUAAAUUACACUAAUGACGUAAAGCUGAUUCUUUAUGCACAAGAAACAUUAAUCAAAUACGUGCAUGCAAUGAACAAGAUAGGCCUAAAAAGACACUUACCAGUUACCAAGGGUAGCAGAUCGGAAAGUAGUCCAUCCAUCAACAUGAUUCCGGUUAUCCUUUAUCUUCGUCUUUCCGAUCCCAUCUCCAACAAACAUAAAUUCUAUGAUUGAUGAUCAAUUUAGCAAUUUAAAUAGUUGCUAUUCCAACUAAAAAUAGGACGAAGAAACAACCUACCUCUACUAAAAUUAGAAUAACUAAUUAGUUUCCUACCAAAGAUAGGACUUCCUAAUUUAACUAGGAUUGUACUAAAAAAAAACUGGAGAAAACCAAAAAAAAUAGUUGCAUUCUUAAAGCAACUUUCAACACUCCUCCUUGCUUUAUGAAAUCCAAACACCAAUUCUUUGCCUUAGAAGCUCGAACUUGCGUAACGACCUCAGAUGUAACAGCAUACCUCCCAUCAUUCCUGGUACACCUGCCAUUGUUUCCAACAUCAUUGCACGACAACCGUAUCUUUCCUUGAAAAAUAAAUCGGUUGGAAUCCUGAGAAGUUUCACUGACCAAUA